GCGCGCAGGCUCGCGGGGCGCGCGGCGGGCGCGGCCCCGGGCCGGCAGAGCCGCGCUGCCGCCAUGGGGUGUUAGCGCGGCCGGGCCCGCUGUGCCGGAAAGAGCCGCCACCGCCCGCCGGCCCCGCUCCGCCUCGCCUCGCUCCGCUCCUCCGCCCCGAGCCCAUGAGCCUGAACGAGCACUCGAUGCAGGCGCUGUCCUGGCGGAAGCUCUACCUGAGCCGAGCCAAGCUGAAAGCCUCCAGCCGCACCUCCGCGCUGCUCUCCGGCUUCGCCAUGGUGGCUAUGGUGGAAGUUCAGCUUGACGCAGAACAUGACUAUCCUCAGGGGCUCUUGAUAGCCUUCAGUGCCUGCACUACUGUGCUUGUUGCAGUUCACCUUUUUGCACUCAUGAUAAGUACCUGCAUUCUUCCAAACAUAGAGGCUGUAAGCAAUGUGCAUAACCUCAACUCUGUCAAGGAAUCUCCUCACGAGCGCAUGCACCGGCACAUUGAGCUCGCGUGGGCGUUUUCCACUGUCAUUGGGACUUUGCUCUUUCUUGCAGAAGUGGUGUUACUGUGCUGGGUGAAGUUCCUUCCUUUAAAGAAGAAAACUGACAACACCCCGCAGAGCAACAGUUCUACCAUCACAUCAGGACAGGCAGCAGCCAUUGCAUCGACGUCCAUUAUGGUGCCCUUUGGAUUGAUUUUCAUUGUGUUUGCAGUCCACUUCUAUCGGUCACUGGUGAGCCACAAAACUGACAGGCAAUUUCAGGAACUCAAUGAACUUGCUGAAUUUGCACGGCUCCAGGAUCAGCUGGAUCACAGAGGUGAUGCUGUCACCUCAGCUGUCACCAAUUUUGCGUAAACCUGUGCUUAAGAAAAUGAACCCACUAUUCUGCUUCUGCC